AUGAAUGUUCCUCCAGAAUUUAUUUUAUUGGAACAUAACUAUGCAAAUAAUGUUCCCCAUGAAAACGCUGUUGUGAAUGUUGAUCAUAAUUAUGCAAUUCCCCGCCUACAUAAUGAUUUGGAUGUUGUUGACGCGCGCAGAAGUCUUGAUGUUAAACGUCACAGGGUACAAAGGGCCAAUGAAACUUUAGAACAGGCCCAACAGCGUAGAGCGGCAAAUGCUCUACGCCAAAAUGCAAGACGAGCAGCAGAAAAUGUAGAAGACGCAAACGCUCGCCAACAGGUAGAUGUACAACGUCAUCGUGUGAAUAGAGAAAAUGAAUUACCCCAACAAGCUGCAGUAAGACGUAGAGCAGAUGUUUUGCGUCAUCGAGUAGCUAGGGCUCUGAAUAGAGAAAAUGAAUUACCCCAACAAGCUGCAGUAAGGCGUAGAGCGGAUGUUUUGCGUCAUCGAGUUAGGGCUCCGCGUUUACUAAAUUUAGCUAGGAUUAACAAUGUUUUACCUCCCACACAUUCUGCAGGUGAGUUUACUAUUGUGUGUGAGCAUUGUCGAGCUAUUAAAUUUAAUAAUGAAAAUCAUUUUAAGUGUUGUCACAAUGGCAAAGUGGCCCUGCCUGCUAUAUUACAAUUUCCUGCUGAAAUACGUGAAUUGUUAAGCAACGACUCUGCCCAAGCUAAACAGUUUCGUAAGUAUAUCAGAGUAUACAAUAAUGCAUUUAGUUUUGCUUCUUUGACAGCAAACAUUCGACCACCACCAGGUCAUGGACCCCCCUGUUUUAGAAUAUGUGGUCAAUUAUUUCACAGGUAUGGUGCUUUAUUACCUGCUCAGAAUGAAGUACCUAAUUUUAGCCAAUUGUAUAUUGUAGAGGCUGCAGCUGGCUUAAACAUGCGUAUUGAGAAUCCGACACAUGCUCAUUGUAAUCGUGAAACAAUGCAGAUAAUUCAAGAUGUUCUUAACAGGGAUUCUCCAUAUGCUGCAGCUUAUAGAAAUAUGGCUGAAGUGGAACGUGAAGAAACAGCCAGAGCAGCAGCAGAAAACAGACAGCCUUCCGUUGUAAGUAUGGUAAUGCGCGAGGGUAAUGAUCGCAGAAGGUAUAAUGCACCUCUGCAUCAGGAAGUUGCUGCCAUCUUUGUUGGUAAUGAUGGAGCACCUCCUGCUGCAAGAGAUAUUGUUGUUUAUUUACGUAAUCAACCUUUGCGGCAAAUCCCUCAUAUAUCAUGCAAUAUUGAUCCUAUGAUGUAUCCUAUUUUAUUUCCACGUGGUGACCCUGGUUGGGACCAAAACAUGGCCCACGUCAGGGAGCAUGCAACUGGAGUAAGAAAUAGGCUAACCCAGUUGGAAUAUUAUAUUUACCGCAUUGCUAUUAGGCGAGAAUUUUCUGCCCUUCAUCUAGCAGGCAAAUUGAUUCAGCAAUUUUUAGUAGAUGCAUAUGUUAAAGUUGAAGGCCAACGGCAUGCAUUUAUUAGACGAAAUCAAAAUCAGCUUCGAGCAGAGUCCUACCAAGGACUUCUGGAUUACCUCCAAAAUGCUGCAGAUCAACGUAACUUACAGACAGGUAAUGUUGUUGUCUUGCCUUCUACCUUUUCCGGCUCACCCCGCAACAUGCAUCAGUUGUAUCUUGAUGCAAUGGCAUUGGUUUCAAAAAAAGGUAAGCCAGAUUUGUUCUUGACUUUUACAUGCAAUCCAAAAUGGCCAGAAAUUGUUACUAAUUUGUUACCUGGUCAAUCUGCUUCUGAUAGACCAGAUUUGGUUGCAAGGAAGAGAGGUUUACCGCAUGUUCAUAUGCUUUUACAUCUACACAAUGAGUUUAAAUUACGAAAUGCUGAUGAUAUUGACUCAUUAAUUUGUGCACAGAUUCCGGAUCAAAACCAAGAUGCCGAACUGUAUGAUAUAAUAAAGUCAUGCAUGAUCCAUGGGCCAUGUGGCCACCUUAAUAAUACAUCUCCGUGCAUGAAAGAGGGUGAGUGUACUAAGCAUUUUCCUAAGCAAUUUAAUGAUGGAACUGUUAUCAAUGUAGACGGUUAUCCCAUGUACCAUCGUCCUGAUAAUGGAAGAACGGUAAGAAUUCGAAACUUGGAUGUUGAUAAUAGGUGGGUUGUGCCUUAUAACCCUUUUCUAUGUAAAAAAUAUAUGACACAUAUUAACUUGGAAGCAUGUGUGUCAAUUAAAAGUGUUAAGUAUUUGUAUAAAUAUGUUUACAAAGGUUAUGAUACUGCACAUAUAGAAAUCAAUGAGCGCAUCGAUCAUGAUGAAGUAACAACAUUCUUAGAUGCUAGAUAUGUAUCUGCACCUGAAGCAACUUGGUGCCACUGUGAAUUUCCUAUGCAUACUCAGAGUCAUUCCAUCAUAAGACUUCCUGUUCACCUUCCAAAUCACCAACAAGUGUUUUUUAGGGAAGGCAACGAGGCUGUUGCUGCUGACAGGGCUGAAAAUUCUAAGACGAUGUUAACAGCCUGGUUUCAAUUAAAUCAGCAGGACCAGCAUGCACAACGAUUUUUGUACACUGAAGUACCUUACCACUUUGUUUUUCGAAAUACGCAACAACAAAAACGGUGGGUAGUUAGGCAACGCGGUGCUGAAAAGAUAGUAAGUAGAAUGUAUAAUGCCAGUAUCCGCGAAGGUGAAAGAUAUUUUUUGCGUGUCCUUUUAUUGCAUGUCCCUGGUGCUACGUCUUUUGACGACUUAAGACAUUUCGAAGAAAAUUUUUAUGCUUCUUUUAGGGAUGCAUGCUUAGCACGAGGAUUGUUAGCUGAUGACAAUCUUUGGAUUGGCACCAUGAAUGAGUUGGUGGAAUAUGCUUCUCCAUCUAAAAUAAGAAAAGCCUUUUCUUUUAUAUUGAUUCACGGUGAACCGAAUAACCCACAUGAAUUGUGGGAAACCUUCCGUGCUGCAAUGAUGGAGGAAUACUUACGUCACCACCCUGAAGUACAGGCAGAACAAAUGGUGCUAGGUAAAAUUAAAGGUGUUAUUCAGCAAUUUGGUAAGCGUCUUACUGAUUUUGGUCUUCCUGCUUUACAGGAAGCCUUUCUUGAUGAUUUGCCAAAUGCUGAAGAAAUGAGGCAGGAGGCUCUAAAUAUCAGGCCUUUGUUAAAUGCUGAGCAACUUCAUGUAGCCGAUUCUAUUCUAAAUGCUGUCAUCAAUAAUAACAUUAAUGUUGCCAAUAUUUUCUUCCUAGAUGGGCCAGGUGGCACAGGUAAAACUUUUACAUAUAAUUACAUUAUUAAGGAAGUUAUUGCGAGAAAUCUGUGUGUUGCUACUUGUGCCUGGACAGGUAUUGCUGCUACAUUAUUGCAGAAUGACGGUUGUACAUGUAAUAUAAAACCCAAUAGUGACCAUGCAGCAUUUUUAAGAAGACAGGACAUCAUUAUAUUUGAUGAAGCCAGCAUGAUACCUAAAUAUGCUUUGGAAGCAAUUGACAGAAUGUUUAGGGAUAUAUGUAAUAGUGAAAUUCCCUUUGCAGGUAAAGUUUUUCUUUUGGGAGGAGAUUUCCGUCAAGUACUGCCUGUUGUCAGAAGAGCUGGACCUGCACAAAUUGUAGAAGUUUGUUUAAAAAGCUCAGUACUUUGGCCCUUGACUCGAAUUUUUCACCUCCACACGAACAUGAGAGCUGGAGAUGGAGAGCAAGUCUUUGCUGAAUUUCUUUUAAACCUUGGUAGUGGUCAGGUGCCACAAAAACCAGAUGAUCCAAAUCAAGGUUGCAUUGAAAUUCCACAUAAAUGUGUGCUGCAACCUAAUGAAAAUAUUGUUACUUUUAUUUUUAGUGAAUUUGAUCAUAUGGAAUUUUCACGUUGUGUCAUAUUAACUCCAACCAACGAAGAAGCGUUGGAAAUGAAUGAACAGAUUUUGAAUCAGAUUCCUGGCGAUACCCGUACGUAUUACAGUAUCGACUCUGCUGUUUCGGAUGAUCAAGAAGAAAUUGAUUUAUAUCCAAUAGAGUUUAUUAAUUCCUUAACUCCAAGUGGUAUGCCACCACAUCAAUUGAAUGUCAAAGCUGGAUGUGUUGUAAUGUUGUUGAGAAAUCUGUCCCUUAAAGACGGUCUUUGUAAUGGUACAAGGUUAAUGGUUCGUAAUCUGCGUGCAAAUGUUAUCGAUUGUGAAAUUCGUACUGGUAUUCGUAGAGGUGAUCGUGUCAUAAUUCCGAGAGUGUCCCUCUGUCCAAAUGAUACAAAUCUACCCUUUCAAAUUAAACGCACCCAAUUUCCUUUAAGACUGUCUUACGCAUUGACUAUAAAUAAGAGUCAGGGCCAAACUUUUGAGAAAUUUUUACGUAGACCUUGCUUUAGUCAUGGCCAACUUUAUGUUGCAUUUUCACGUGCUCGGUCAUUCCAAGCAGUAAAGGUACAGAUUGUUAAUACUUUUAAGCAAGGUUAUGUAGGAGAUAGGUGGGGUGCGAAAUCCAAUGGCUUACCUUCUCGAGGCUACCUAAAAAUGUCACUUUAUAAAAAGUUUGGCAGUGAAAACACUGCUGCUUCACCACGACUAUCGUCUGGAAGCGAAACAUCCACAACAACAGCAGUAACAGCGUCACUUGCAACAUCAGUUGCCACAACAACUACAGCUGCAACAACAACAACCACAGCGACAACGACAACAACACCUGCAUCAAGAUCUAUCUUACAAAGCAUACCUGCGGUGUCGCAGAGGCAACCCAGGACCCAGGUCAAGGGCGUCAUACCUUGUGUGGCGUCGCCUCGGGGGCAGGGACCGCGAGGGCUUCCGCUGGCGGGAGCAGCCUGGGCAUCCUACUCGCGAAGAAGGGGCGAAAUCGAUCCUGAUACAACAGGGGAUGUUUUCGCAUUAAAGUCAAUUUUUGAUCAUCAAUAUUUUGCAGAUAAAGUAAUAGUAGAGUUUUUUAUUUACUAUUACCCGGCCAUUGUAUUCUUCCCUGAACCUAUCAAUUUUGUAUCUGCAUAA